GCGAGCGCGCCUCGGAUGCAAACGGUGCAGUCCUAUCGCGAGAGUUGGCGGAGGCGUUCGCGUGGUCAGCGUGCACGAACGCGAGAGUUCAUUUCUCUUUUAAGCUGCACGGAGACGGGAGCGCGUGGCGCACCGACCGAGCUACAGAAAUGGUGCUGCUACACGUGUUAUUUGAGCAUGCAGCCGGGUACGCCCUGUUCGCCGUGAAGGAGGUCGAGGAGAUUGGCAUGCUCAUGCCACAGGUGGAGGAAAGUGUCCUGAACAUUACAAAAUUCAACAACGUGGUGAAACUGGCUGCUUUCUUUCCCUUUAAGUCUGCCCAGACUGCUCUGGAAAACAUAAAUGCCAUCUCAGAAGGAGUUGUCCAUGCUGAUCUCAAGCUGUUUUUGGAAACUAACUUGCCCUCAGGAGGCAAGAAGAAAGCAGUGUUAGGAGUGGCUGAUGGCAAGAUUGGUGCAGCACUGCAGGAGGAACUGGGUUUGUCCAUCCAGACUGGAGGAGUGGUGGCAGAGAUCUUCAGAGGUGUGCGCUUGCACUUUCACUCCCUUGUUAAGGGCCUGACUGCUCUGGCAGCAUCCAAAGCACAGCUUGGUCUGGGUCACAGUUACUCGAGAGCUAAGGUCAAGUUUAAUGUAAACAGAGCUGACAACAUGAUCAUCCAGUCCAUUGCCCUGCUCGAUCAGCUGGACAAGGACAUCAACACGUUCUCCAUGCGUGUUCGUGAGUGGUAUGGAUACCAUUUUCCUGAGCUGAUAAAGAUAGUAAGCGACAACGCUACAUACUGCAAGCUGGCCAGAUUUAUCGGGAACAGGAAGGAACUGAGUGAGGAGAGUCUGGAGCCUCUCGAGGAGAUCACAAUGGACAGCGCUAAAGCCCAGGCGAUCCUGGAUGCAUCACGCUCGUCUAUGGGUAUGGACAUCUCUCCGAUCGACCUGAUCAACAUUGAGAGUUUCUCCAGCAGAGUCGUGUCCCUCACAGCUUACAGACUGGAGCUGCAAGAGUACCUGCGCUCCAAAAUGUCACAGGUGGCCCCCAAUCUGGCAGCCCUCAUCGGUGAAGUGGUUGGCGCCCGUCUCAUCUCCCACGCUGGAAGCCUGACAAACCUUGCCAAGUAUCCGGCUUCGACAGUGCAGAUCCUUGGAGCAGAGAAGGCCCUGUUCAGGGCCCUGAAGACGAGAGGAAACACACCAAAGUACGGUCUGAUUUUCCACUCCACCUUCAUCGGACGCGCUGCUGCCAAGAACAAGGGGCGCAUCUCCCGUUACCUCGCUAACAAGUGCACCAUCGCCUCUCGGAUCGACUGUUUCGCCGAGGUUCCUACUAGCGUGUUUGGAGAUAAAUUGAGAGACCAGGUGGAAGAGCGGCUUGCCUUUUACGAGACUGGUGAGACGCCAAGGAAGAACUUGGACGUCAUGAAAGAAGCAGUAGUUCAGGCUGGGGAAGUGGCAGAAAUCAAGCGCAAAAUUGAGAAGAAGGAAAAGAAAAGGAAGAAGCGCGAGAAGCGAAAAUCUGAAGCUCUGUCCACAGCCGAAGGAGAGGAGGAAGCAGUUGAAGCAAAGAAGGCUAAAGCUAAUGGAGACUCUGAGACUCAAGAAACCAGAGAAGCUGGGGUGACUGGCAAGAAGAAGAAGAAAAAGAAGGAAGAUGUGGAGGAGGAGGAGGAUGUGGUGACAAAUGGCGUAGAAGAGACGGCUCCUCUGAAAAAGAAAAAGAAACAAAAGGCAGUUGAGGUGGAGGAAGCAGAGGUUCCAGAACCUGAGCAGACUGAAAAGAAGAAAAAGAAAAAAAAGACUGGUUAAUCCAUUCUUAAAUAAUGAACUUUUUUUUUUUUUUUUUUUUUAAAAUACUGUACAGUUUUUCCUGAAUGUGUUGCGCAAUCUGUUUCUUUUUCUUUUCUUUUCCCUUGCUUCUUUUGAUUGUUGAGCGCUGUGCCUUAUUCGUGUCAGUCUGCCUCUGGAUUGCGCCUCCCAGCUGUUUUAAGUGACCAUGCUUUCUUCCAUAUUCUUUCGUUGACCAAUAAAAGUUGUUUUCAGUAA